UUUCAGUUGUUUCCAAGCCGUUGCUGAAGAAAAAUAAUUCUACAACGUUUUUUUGAUUUUCGCCUGGUCUUUUAAUUAAAUUAAACCAAGUGAACAACAUGUUCAAGUUGUACGUGCUCACCGUGUCUCUGCUGCUGACGCUGCAGCUUUGCAAAGCUCUUGAAUUCCAUGACUGUGGCUCAAAGACGGGAAAAUUUACUCAAGUAACCAUCGAGGGCUGUGAUACCACAAAGGCCGAGUGUGUACUCAAAAGGAAUACGAAUGUGUCAAUAUCCAUAGAUAUUGCACUUGCCGAAGUCGCAUCUGCGGUGAAGACUGUUGUUCACGGCAAAAUUCUGGGCAUUGAGAUGCCGUUUCCCCUGUCGAAUCCCGAUGCGUGCGUUAACAGUGGCUUAAAGUGCCCGUUGGAAAAGAAUGAAACCUAUCGAUAUACCGCUACAUUGCCGGUACUGAAGAGUUAUCCGAAAGUCUCGGUAUUGGUCAAAUGGGAGCUACAGGAUCAGAAUAGUGUUGAUAUCGUGUGCGUCGAGAUACCCGCUAAAAUACAGUAAAAGAUUACUCAACAUUUCAAUGUUAAAUUUGCAUGACUGUUUUCUUAUCGUAAUCUAAUAAAAAUAAAUAAAGAAAACGACAAUUAAACUGA